AUGACGGCAACAAAAAAUGACAUUCAACGAUUGAUUGAAUGUUGUAUUUGCUGUGAUUAUCUUACCGAUGUACGUGAAACUCCUUGUUGUCAUCAAUUAUUUUGUUAUUCAUGUAUACAAUCGUGGCUUAAAAAACCAACAAAAAAUUGUCCACGCUGUCGAUCAACAACAUUGACAGAACAGAGCCUAUUAAAAAAUAUUGUCUUACAACGGUUUGUUGACAAUCUUCAAUUCGAUUGUCCGAACGCACUACAAGGUUGUUCAUUGAAAAUUUCAAGAUGCGACUUAGUGAAACAUAAACGCUUGUGUCUUUAUUCGCCUGAAAAACUUGCUAAUAAACAGCGACUAAAACUAGACGAAUCACGAUCUUUAUUAUUGCGCUUUAAAGAAGGCAAAACGUUUAUUACCGAUAAAGUUUUAUUUGAUUUAGCAAAAUUAUUCUACGAUGAACAUGAUUGUAAUAGCGCACGAGAAUGUUUGCAAAUGAUUAAAGAUCAAGAUAAUUCACAAGAGCUAAUUAUACUUCAAGCAAAAAUCGAACAAGACACAAAUCACUAUGAUAAAGCUUUAGAAUUAUAUUCGAAAGCUUAUACCUUAGUUAAAUCUAAUUCACAACGUAUUGAACUACUUUCUGCUAAAGGACACUUACUAUCGAAAAAAGGUCAAUACGAACAAGCUAAAGAUGCGUUUUCGCAAGCGUUAGAUUUAUUGCCAUCAGAUGAUGAUUCACAUAUGAAAGCUGAAAUUCUUAAUGCUCUUGGACUAAUCGCUAAAAAAUGUUCAGAUUAUGAUCAAGCAAUAUCAACUUACGAUGAAGCGCUUAGGAUUGUUGAUCAUAAUUCAAAAUUAUGGUCAGAUAUUAUUUCUAAUCUUGCUGAUAUUCAUCGUAAGAAAGGUAAUUAUAAUGAAGCACGAGAACUUUACUUGAAAUCUCUCAAACAAGCUGAAGCACUCUAUGGACCAAAUCAUCCGUCGAUAGCUGAUAUUAUGAACAAUCUUGGUAUAUUAUAUAAAAAAGAAGGCAAAUAUACAGAAGCAUUAGAUUAUCUUAAGCAAGCAUUAAAAUUUUCAAAACACCAUUAUGGACAACAACACCCAACGAUUGGAAUAUAUCUUACUAAUGUUGGCGAUAUUUAUCGAAAACAAGGCGACUUCAAAACAGCUGAAGCAACAUAUAAAGAAGCUUUAACUUGUUUAGAACAAGCCUAUGGAAAAAAUCAUAUAGAAGUAGCCGAAGUGCUUAACUCAAUGGGUUUAGUGUUAAAGAAACGAGCUGAUUAUGAUGGCGCCGAACAACAUUAUAAACGUGCAAUUGAAAUAGUCUACGAUACGUUUGGUCACGAUCAAGAACAUUAUAAAUUAGGUAUUUAUAAUAAUAAUUUAGCUGAUCUCGAUCGUAAACGAAAUAAAUUCGAUGAUGCAUUACGACUUUAUCAACGUGCAUUAACUUCGAUUGAAAAAACACUUGGUCCACAACAUUCGGAAGCGGCAGACAUUUUACAUAACAUUGGCCAAGUUCAACAUCAACUAGGCAAUUAUAAAGAAGCUAUUGAUUAUAUAAAUCGUGCACUAAUGAUUAUCAAACGAGAAUUUGAUGAUAAACAUUAUAAAUAUGGCAUGUAUCUUAAUUCUCUUGGUCUUGCCUAUGCAAUGAUGAAUGAUUAUAAAAUAGCUUAUAUACAUUUAAAGCAAGCGUUACAGAUACUUUUAAACACAUUAGGUUCGGAUCAUAUUGAAGUAUGCGAUGUUUACUCGAGUUUAGGUGAUAUUUGUAUGAAAUUCGUCGUUGAAAUUGAUCAACAAAAGCAAAAACGUCAAGGUGAACAACAAGCAAAACUAGACGAAGCAAAAGCCUAUUAUUUAGAUGCACAACGAAUUGUACAAGCAACAUUCGGCAAUGAACAUACCAAAGCGAUACAAUUUUCAUCACUUUUAUUUAUUGUUAAUAAUUAUAGUUCAUUAUCUAAAAUUGAAAUCAAUUAA